AUGGCGAUAAUUGAGCCUGAGAUGAUUAAUCAAAAUAUAAGAAGUAAUCAUUCUGAGUCAAGUCAUUUCUCAAAUUCCAAAGAAACUUACAAUAGUACUGUACGUGUUGCUGCGUCGUAUGAUAUGGGUUACAGUACAAAAAGAAGUGGAAGAACAUACGAUAGUAUGAAUGGAUAUGCAGCAUUCUUGGGUAGGGAAACUGGUAAAGCCAUAGAUUAUUUAACAACAAAUCGUGGUUGUAGAAUGUGUGCCCUAGGUCAUCCUAAAUCAGACCACGAUUGUAGGCUAAACUUCGUUGGAAGUGCAAAAGCUAUGGAACCUUUUGCUGCUGCAAGUAUGACUUCCAGUAGUAAAAUUUUUAAAGAGCAUAAUAUUGAAGUUGGAAUUUUAAUUGGAGAUGACGACAGCUCAACGAUUGCUGCUGUCCGUGCUGCAAGCCAAUCACAAUGUAGAUAUGUGAAGAAUCCUUUAACUUAUGACCAUAAAGUUAUUAAAGGAGGUUUCCAGAGCCCUGAUUUAUAUAAAGAUUUGAAACAUAUAUUCAGGAAAUUAGCAGAUAACGCGGAUCGGUUUGCUGCUGGUGCAUCUAGCCAAGCAAACGAAAGUCUGAAUGCUACUAUGACAAGCCAUUACCCUAAGUCUCGAUGCUACUCUCGGACGGCUUCUGGAGAUUUUCGGUUUGCCUGCGCUAUCGGUGAGAAAAAUCUCGGAGAAAGAUACCUUCAAGAAGCUGCAACGAAAAGACUUUUAUCUCCUGAAUUUCACACGACUAAAUACGUGGACAGAAAAGAAAAAGAAGCAAAAAGACGAUAUUUAAGAACAAAACGUCCAGAGUUUAAAAAAAGGCGUUUGUUUUCAAAAGAACAGCGUACUAAUCUGCGCAAGAAGAAAGAAGAUAUGGAAGGUAUCCAGUAUGAAUCUAAUAUGGGAUUACUUUCAACAAAUGUUGCUCACGACUCUAGUCUUAAUACAGAGGGUAUAAAUGAAGAGAUCAAUGAAGCUGAUGAUAAUGGAACACAAGUUUCAGAACCUAUUGCAGUAUUUUUUGAUUUGGAAACAUCAAGCUUUUCAAAACAAUCUGAUAUUCUUCAGAUUGCGGCUCAAUACAAUAAAUCCAAAUUUUCAGUUUAUGUCAACCCUACUCAAAAAAUUGCUGCACAAGCAUCUGAGGCAAAUGGUUUAACAAAUGUUAGAGGUGAAUUAAUACUCAAUGGUACUAGAGUACCAUCAAUUUCACUGAGAUUAGCUUUGGAUGCUUUUCGUAACUUUCUAACGAAACUGAAGCAUCCGGUGGUUUUAGUUGCUCACAACUGCAAAUUUGAUGCUCCGAUUCUUAUUAAUUCUGUUAAAAAAAUGACUAUGACGGAUGACUUUGGGUCUGUGGUUGUAGGUUUUGCAGAUACACUGCCUCUUAUUAAAUCAGCAACAAAUCGUGAAGGAAAAGGAAAGUGUACUCUAACAGGUCUGGCUUCAUGGCUACAAAUUUCUGCGGAUGGUGCGCAUAAUGCUGUAUACGAUGUUUUAAUGCUGGUGCAAAUUAUUGAGAAUCUUCAAAUCACAACAAAGCAAUUAAUGGAUCGCAGUAUAACUUGGAGUGAUACAAGUGCGAGUAUUCGUAAUGCUGAAAAAUCAGCUACACUGUUAAAAACACUCAACAAAUUAGGAGCUUGCAUAUCUACUGGCAUUAAAAAAAAAAUUGCUGAUGCUGAUAUUACCUAUAAAGAUUUAAUCAACACUUUUCGUGAUGAUGGGGAUGCAGGAAUAAAAAAAUUAUUAGGAAAAGAUGAAAAUGACAAAGUUCGUGUUACUAAAACUAAAACAAUUAUUGAAAAUUUGUUAAAUCAUUUAAGAACCAAAGGUUUAUAA